UUUUCCAAUUGAUAUGGUAAUGGGGCUGGAAGAGUAGCGGUUUGUCAAUGCGCAAAUAACAGGACGGCAGUGUUGGUGGCAUCUGCCGUGUAUUCUUAAGCGACCCAGUGCGCUCAGCUAAACGCUGCUAUUAGUUAAUGAGACGAGUUACUUUCCUUCACUUACAGGUGCAAUACACAAAUUAUAUAAAAUCCCAACUGACAAAAUCUGUAUUCCAAUCUUCCACCGGAGCUCACCGACAGCCGUCAACCUCGUCCCCCCCCAAUGAGGCAAAGAUAGUCCUCCCAGCCUCGUUCGCUGCAGCUCUGAUCCCCGCAAGUAAGACGCCAAAAAAGUUUCUGCUUGCUUGUUUGCUUGUCGCAGCGCACAGAAGUUCUGUUAGCAGAACCAGACUAAGACCGAAUUGGGAAACUGGUCGUGUGUCCAACCUCGACAGUAACCAACAAGCAGCGGGGGUUCUGUCUUGGCGCUGAUGCGCGGGGAAAGAUAAAAAAAAAAAAACUACUUAAGGCCGGUCGGCCGUUCUUUGUUGCUAUGUGUUGGCCAAUUCAUCUUUUCCCUUGGGGUGUAGAGCUUGUAAUUGACCAUGCGCUUCUCCUCUGUCGCCCUUGCGCUGGCUUCGUCCGCCUCUGCGCUGAACAUUCUACUUAACAAUGACGAUGGCUUUGGUUCCAGCAACCUUCGCGAGCUGUACCGCCUGUUGAAGGAAGACGGCCACGAUGCUUGGAUUGUCGCUCCCGUGUUCCAACAGAGUGGCAUGGGCGGCAAGUCUGACUUUACAACAGAGGCAAACUUGACAGCACCCAGCCAGUACGACCUGAUCCCUGCUGGCGCACCUUCUGUUGGCUCGGAUCCCAACGACAGCCAUAUCUGGUACUACAACGGAACACCUGCAGCGUGUACCUUUGUUGCGCUCGACUAUGUGCUGCCCACGCACGCCGACUUCAAGGUGCCCGACCUUGUGCUUACUGGUCCAAACUACGGCACCAACUUGGGCCCCUUUGUCUGGACGCUCUCGGGCACAGCUGGCGCUGCGUAUUCCGCCACCGAGCGAGGCAUCCCAGCCAUUGCCCUUGCCGGCAGCAACGAGAAGGGAUCGUACAAGGACGUCAAUAAUGCCACACACCCAGCUACGCUUGUUGCAAAGGCAUCCCUGAAAGUCAUCAAGCAGGUCAUCAGCAGUGCCCCCAAGGGCGGUCCUCUUCUGCCGCUGGGCUACGGCCUGACUGUCAACAUCCCGCCUCUGACACCCGAGAACGCCAGCCCCAAGAUUGUCCAGACGCGCAUGACGGGCAAUGCCCAUGUCAACACGGCUGUGCGCAACAAGACUGACGGUACCUUUACCUGGGCCAACAUCAAGCCCUACUCGGCGGGCGUGAAUGCCUGUAACAGCGGCGACUGCUCGCUUCCCGGCGAGACGUAUGUCGUGGAGAAUGGCGGUAUUUCUGUGUCGGUGUAUAUCACAGAUUACACGGCGCCGGAGGGUGAAUACUCGGAUUCCAUCAUGAAGAGGCUGCAGCCGUUGACGGAGUAAAUGGUGAAAGGUGGAGGAAACGCAGUGGAGAGAGAGAGAGUAGCCAAAUUUAUUUCCAACGUAAUGCACUGGAGUGCCCUGAC